GGUAGCGCGCGGUGGGGCCGCCUGCAACCGCUGCUUUACUCUCUGCACUCAGGAGGCUUGGGCGCCCCCCUCAGACCCGCCCGCCCAACGCCUUGGUCUCCUGGUGGACAGCGGGCCUGGCCCCACCGCGCUGGCCCACAGCAGGCCACCGCUUCUGGGGCCGAGGCCGCAGCAGUGACCCCGCCCCCGGGCCGAAGAUGUGAGACGGGCCGGGCGUCUCCGCCCGGGGCCCGGGCGCCGGCAGUGGGCGUCUGGGCCACGCCGGAUGAUGGCCUUGCUGCCGGUGCUCCUCGCCACCUGGGCCCUGGGCCGGUGAGGGGGCCGGCGGGCGUGGGCGAGCGGCGCCCGCGCAGCGCGGGCCCAGGGACUGCGGGCGCCAUGGAGGGGGUGCUGUACAAGUGGACCAACUAUCUGAGCGGUUGGCAACCUCGAUGGUUCCUUCUCUGUGGGGGAAUAUUAUCCUAUUACGAUUCUCCUGAAGAUGCCUGGAAAGGUUGCAAAGGGAGCAUUCAGAUGGCCGUCUGUGAAAUUCAAGUUCAUUCUGUAGAUAACACUCGCAUGGACCUGAUAAUCCCUGGGGAACAGUAUUUCUAUCUGAAGGCCAGAAGUGUGGCUGAGAGACAGAGGUGGCUGGUGGCCCUGGGAUCAGCCAAGGCUUGCCUGACAGACAGUAGGACCCAGAAGGAGAAAGAAUUUGCUGAAAACACUGAAAACUUGAAAACUAAAAUGUCAGAACUGAGACUCUACUGUGACCUCCUUGUUCAGCAAGUAGAUAAAACAAAAGAAGUCACUGCUGCUGGUGUUGCUAAUUCUGAGGAGGGAAUUGAUGUGGGAACUUUGCUAAAAACAACCUGCAAUACUUUUCUGAAGACCUUGGAAGAAUGCAUGCAGAUUGCAAAUGCAGCUUUCACCUCUGAGCUGCUCUACCGCACUCCCCCAGGAUCACCGCAGCUGGCUGUGCUCAAGUCCAGCAAGAUGAAACAUCCUGUCGUACCCGUUCAUAAUUCACUGGAAAGGCAAAUGGAAUCGAACAGUUGUGAAAAUGGAUCUUUAAAUAUGGAAAUAAAUGGUGAUGGAGAAGUCCUAAUGAAAAACAAGAGUUCGUUGUACUUGAAAUCUGCAGAGAUAGACUGUGGCAUAUCAAGCAAAGAGAAAACAGAGGAUAAUACAACAGGUGAGGGAAUGAAGGAAGAUGGGGAGGAUCCUGACAAUGAUUUGGCUCCGCCUAGAUCAGACUCCUCAAGUUGCCGGCCAGAAUCCCUCUGGAAAGAUGACAAAGAAAUUAUCCCAACUUUCUUUAGUACCAUGAACACCAGUUUUAGUGACAUUGAACUUGUGGAAGACAGUGGCAUUCCCACAGAGGCAUUCUUGGCAUCAUGUUAUGCUGUGGUUCCAGUAUUAGACAAACUUGGCCCUACAGUGUUUGCUCCUGUUAAAAUGGAUCUCGUAGGAAAUAUUAAGAAAGUGAAUCAGAAGUAUGUAACCAACAAGGAGGAGUUUUCCACCCUCCAGAAGAUAGUGCUGCAUGAGGUGGAGGCAGGUGUGGCUCAGGUUAGGAACUCAGCUACAGAAGCCCUCUUGUGGCUAAAGAGAGGUCUCAAAUUUUUAAAAGGAUUUUUGACAGAAGUGAAAAAUGGGGAAAAGGAUAUCCAGACAGCCCUGAAUAAUGCAUAUGGUAAGACACUACGGCAACACCACGGCUGGGUAGUUCGAGGGGUUUUUGCGUUAGCUCUAAGGGCAGCUCCAUCCUAUGAAGAUUUUGUAGCUGCACUAACCAUAAAAGAAGGUGACCACCAGAAAGAAGCAUUCAGUAUUGGGAUGCAGAGGGACCUCAGCCUUUACCUUCCUGCCAUGGAAAAGCAGCUGGCCAUACUGGACACUUUGUACGAGGUCCACGGGCUGGAGUCUGACGAGGUGGUGUGACAGCUGCAGGACAGCGUCUCCUAACUUCAGGGAAUAAAGUUUGCUAAAGUGU